UCUGAGAGGCUUGGAGGGGAACAUAUUAAGGAGGGGAGGGGGCUGAGGGCCAGAAUAAAGAAGUUCUCUGACAGAGGGAGAAGUUUCUUCCAGGCAGGAGAGCUGCAGUGGCAGAGAAGGACAAGCCCCAUCUCGUGGAAUUUUGGGGGGACGUUUGAUAGGACAUUCAGCUAGAUGUGACUGCACCAUAUUUAGUGAUGUCUCGAUUUAACUCCUCUAUCAGAGAGAGUUCAAGCAGAUGAGGGAUCAGAAGAGGAUAUGUUUAAUGUGAAGGAGAAAGAGACUGCUCCGAGCUGUGAGAUCACGCAAUAAGCAUCUGGAUUCCCCAGUCUGUCUGAAAGAAAGACCUUUUAGGAGAACUCUGGUAUAACAAUUGGGUUAACAUCUGGAAGAGGACAAGAGUACCGGAAUAUAGCAACUGGGUUAACAUCUGGAAGAGGACAAGAGUACCGAGAUAUAACAACUGGGUUAACAUCUGGAAGAGGACAAGAUUAUCGUGUUAGUAACGGGAAUAACAUCAGGAAUAGGACAGGAGUACGGAGCCUACAUCAGACCAGGGCUAUGGAUUAAACAUUCUGCAAGUCACACCUCAAAACCUACGCAGUCUAGGGUCUCACAUCUGGAAAGGACAAAUGAAUUGCUUUGAACAGAAGGGUCUAUAGUUUCACUAUUCAGAGAACCAAUGCUCUCACAAGGAUAAGAAAGGGUUGAGUAAUUUCAACAGGAUAUAUGGUGGAUAAGAUCCACAUGGAGAUCUAACAUCAGGGGAUUAACAUUUAAAAACCGCUGCACGGAGAGGGUUUGGUUCAAACAAACUUCCAAGAAUCCUACUGCUAGAGCAGGGCUUUGCUCAAUGAUUUUAGUGGGGUUCUGGUUGUUACAUUGGGAAAUGUCCAGGUGACAAAGUCCCGCCGCAUUCUAUUAGUCGCCCAUACUGCAGGACAGUCCCACCAUCAGGAGUUACCCGGAAAACACAGAAUGAUGGGCAAGAGUGUGUGGAUCAUUCUCACUUCCCUAUUCACCCUCAAUAUGGAGAUAUCAAAUGCCACUAACUACCCUCCACGAUACAACCUGUACACAGGAGGAUCGACCACACAGUCACAACAUGGACUAAGGGCAGCAAGCAGACACAGGAACUGGUGUGCGUACAUGGUGACGCGGACAGUGAGCUGCAUAGUGGAAGAAGGAGUGGAGACUUAUGUCAAGCCAGAGUAUCAACCGUGCGUCUGGGGUCAGAUGCAAUGUCCACGUAACGUGGUGUAUCGCAGCUUUGUGAGACCCCGCUACAAAGUUUCUUACAAGACAAUCUCUGACAUGGAGUGGAGAUGCUGUCAUGGAUAUUCAGGGGACGACUGUAUGGAAGGGCCUGCAGGGGGCGCUCAAGUCACCACUACAAGACCAAGACCUAAACCUGUACGUCCCAUUCCAUCUGGAUCCAAUGCUGGAAACAGCCUAAGUGGCUCUGGAGGAGAAGGUAAAGGUGACUCAGAAAAAGUAAAGCAACUUGAAGAUAAGGUGCAUCGUCUAACCAAGGAGCUGCAGAAUCUGCAGUCUACAAUGCAGAGCAUGAAUGAAAAAUUCCAAACAGAGAUAAAACUGGUCCUUAAUGGGAAGCAGCUUGCAGAUUCAGCCAAUGGGCAACCUGAGAUAAAGGAUACACUGAUUGAUAUACAGAGCAGGUUAACAGAGCUUGACAACAGAAUCACAUUUCAUGAUGAUGAACUGGGUAAAAUAAACAUUGCAGACACCAAGCACCCAAGCAGCACAGACAGCUCAGUAAGCCAGAAGAUGACAGAAUUGCGCCUGGAUAUCUUUAAAGAGGUGGAGAGGAGAAUGCAGCAGUCCUGUUCUGCUUGUCUCUCGGGAGUGGAAGGACUCCAGAACCAGCAGAAUGAAGAAAGGGAUAACAUUCGAGGGCUUGAGAAGCUUAUCAGUUCUAUAGACCAAAGGAACCGUGAGGCUGUGCAUAACAUUCAGGCCCAUGUGGUUGAGCUAAACACACGGCUUUCAAGGGAUUGCUGUUCAGAGGUAAAUGACCUGCGCAAAAAAGUUGAAGAAACUGAAAGGAAAACUGAAACAUUGUCUGGAUCUGUAAAUGCUCUUACUGUGCAUCUAGAAAGCAAACUCGGUGGGAUUGACAAAGAAAGUGUCACCCAGAUAGACCAGAACUUGAAUACUCGUCUAGAAAACAUUGAGGGCAGGAUGAACAUCACACAGAGGAGUCUUGAAGAUCAUUAUUACCACUAUCGGGAUGAUGUCCAAGACGAAAUCAACAAACUGAGGGAUGAUUUAGAAAACCGCAUAAAUAGCAAUGAGAAGAAGAUAAAUACACUUUUGACUGAGCUAGCAAACAGUUCUGGGAUUGAUGACUCGAUCUUUCAGACUAUAUCUAGCUUUGGUCAAGAUAUCACUUCAUUAAAGAAUCAGCAAGGGAAGAACAAUGUUGGUAUUAGGAAUGCACUUCAGGAAAUUGAAGGCUUGAGAAGACAGGUAACUAGCACAAUGAAUAGCUGUGCUGAUGAAUGCAACACCAGUAACUCAGAAAUAAAAAAGAUUUUCUCUGAACUGGAAAAAAGGGUGAAUGGAAACGAAGACAAGAUCCGCAUCAUAAGCUCAGACAUUAAUGAUCUUCAGUUAUCAGGGAACUCUUUGCAAGAUACACUUCAAGGUCUUGACUUUGAGUUAACUAACAUUAAGGUAGUUGUAGAAGACAACAGGGGGUCCUUGACCAAUAUCUCUACUGUUUUGGAGGACCUAGAAGACAGGCUCACAACCACCAUCCUCACAGGAAUGGACACUUAUGAAUCCACAAAUAAAGAGAUUGAUAAUUAUCAAAAUGAGACCAAUAGGAGGAUGAUUGAUAUGGAGAAUGGUCUAAAGACUCUUACUAAAAUGAUACAGUUUGAUUACAAAAGCUGUGGGCAGGUAUGCUCCAACUUGCAGGAAGAGGUGGGAAAGCUGAAAGAACAGGUUGAGGAAUGCAGGAGCACAUGCCAACUCAUUCAGAAGAAAGCAGAGGAGGGAAAGGAACACACUAGCUUCAACAAGUCAUUAGAUGGCUUUAGUGUCAUUGGAGGAAGCUCAAACAAGGAACUCAAGUCAAUGCAAGGAGAAUUGUCAAACAUCAUUGUGACCUUCAGCUCCUUAAAUGACACAAUUAAAGACCUUCAAGAGACUGUGGGGAAACACCAAACAGAUAUAAUUGAGCUUGGAACAACAAAAGACAAAAUCAUUUCUGAGAUAAAUAAGGUGCAAGUGGAGGUGACAGUGCACAGUGGAGAAAACUCAGAGAAACUUGAAGAAGUACAAAAAGAGAUGAGAAGGUUAUGGAGCACAAUCCUUGAAGAGACACAAGAUUGCCGACGUUCUGCAGGGGGGCUCCAUGACAGAGUUUCAAAGCUUGAGAAUGUGUGCCUUAAACUUGAUACAGUAUCAGGGAGUCUUCACAAGAUCAAAGAAAAUCUCAAUAAACAUGUUUCUGGCCUGUGGAACUGUGUACAUGAGAUAAACAGUACCGUCAGGACUCAUAGUGCCUGGUUUGACAAGUUACACAACAGUCAACUGAAUGGCAUAAACCGCAGGUUGAACAGCUUGAAUAGCUCCAUGCUGGUUCUGUCAUCUGAGUUCCAGAACUUUACUCUGCAGGACUUUAUGGGACCUCCGGGACUUCCAGGUCCACCUGGUCCAAUGGGGAAACAAGGAGCAACAGGACCACAAGGGCCAAUGGGACCCCAAGGCAAGGGUGGAGCUAAAGGAGAGCAAGGACCUGUUGGACCUCCAGGAUUGAGAGGAGAAAAGGGACCUAUAGGAGAUGUUGUCUAUGUGCCACACAUAUCCUUUUCUGCUGCCCUGACUUACCCCCAGAUCGAUCCUGGAACCAUCGCCUUCGAUAAGAUCCUGGUCAAUGACGGUAAUGGCUAUGAUCCAUCUAGUGGUACCUUCACAGCACCGGUGGAAGGUCGGUACUUUUUCAGUGCUAUACUGACUGGGUACAAAGAUGAGAAGAUUGAAGCAGUGCUCUCCAAGUCGAACUAUGGCAUUGCCCGCAUUGAUUCUGCAGGUUACCAGCCUGAGGGCCUGGAGAAGAAGCCAUUGGUUGAAAAUAAGCCCACAGCAGGGUCUCUUGGGGUUUUUAACAUCAUUUUGCAGCUUGAGGCGGGAGAUACUGUGUGCGUUGACUUGGUGAUGGGUCGAUUGGCACAUUCAGAUGAACCUCUAACGAUAUUCAGCGGGUUUUUACUCUAUGAAGAGCAAAUGGAAACUUAAGAGAGAUGCCAUGUUUAGACUUUCUAUUUAAUGAAGCCAAGGUGUGAACAAGUCCAGUGUUCACCUAUUGUAACCAGGGAUCCGAGAGGGAAAUUUGGUUCUUGUUUUAUAUUGUGUUUCUAAAGCUGGUAAAUAUCUUAAACCACAAAAAAAUAUAUAUAUUUUCUUGCAUGAUUAUUGAUGAAAUGAGCGAUGGAAUGGCUGAUUUGCUUCAGAAUAUGAGGAAUUAUGGUUGUUUUUUCUUAUUAUUCGUAAUAUUUAAAACAUAACAUUUAUACAAAGUUCACUAAUGUAUGCCACAUAAUUUAGAUGUUAGUCUGGUCUACGGGUUAAUUCUCACCAUGUUGUAGGCAUUAAAAAAAAGUUGUGCUUAAGGGAGAUUUAUUGCACCAUGACUCUUGUUUCAGAUAAAAUAAAAAUAUUUUCCCAAUAAAUAUAAAUUAACAUGGUA